AUGGGUGAUACGAAUGGACAAGUUGUAGCUGGUGGCAAAGGCGAAGGACAUCGAUUGGAUCAAUUGAAUCAUCCAACGGAUGUGCUAAUUGACAAAGAAACUGCUAGUCUCAUUAUCUGCGAUUGGUGGAAUCGACGAGUUGUACGAUGGUCUCUUCGUAGUGGCACAACUCAAGGAAAAAUCAUCAUUGACAACAUCAAAUGUUGGGGAUUGUUCAUGGAUGAUCAGAGAUAUCUCUAUGUCUCUGACAUUGAAAAACAUGAAGUAAGACGAUAUCAAAUAGGAGACAAGAAUGGAACACUCGUGGCUGGUGGAAAUAGCAAAGGUGCUAAUCUCAAUCAACUCAACUGUCCGACCUACAUCUUUGUUGAUCAACAGCAGGCUGUCUAUGUGUCAGACUACUACAAUCAUCGUGUGAUGAAAUGGAAUAAAGAUGCAAAAAAAGGCAGUGUCGUCGCUGGAGGUCAAGGCAAAGGGAAUGCUCUGACACAAUUGCGUUGUCCUAACGGACUCUUCGUCGAUACAUUGGGUACGCUCUAUGUGGCAGAUACGGUAAAUGAUCGAGUGAUGCGUUGGGCUAAAGGAGCAAAACAGGGUACUGUCAUCGUGGGUAGAAAUGGUAAAGGAGCAGGAGCAAAUCAGUUCAAUUAUCUCCGUGGUUUGUCUUUCGAUCGACAAGGCAAUCUCUAUGCCGUCGAUCGUAAUAAUCAUUGUGUUCAAUUUUUUUCAAUUCAAUAAAUUGCAUUCGAAUCGAGAAAAAAAUUUCUUUUAAAUUUCUAUUCACGCGCGCGACCACACUCUAAAAAAAAUAGGUAUUCUCGAAAACCCUUAGAGGGUUUCCGAAUUUGUUACUAUAGGAAACCCUUUAAGGGUUUCCGAGAUCUUGGAAACCCAUAAUGUCCGUCAUAUCGAAACCUCAAAUACUCAUUUGGAAACUCAAAAAAAAAGGUUUCCGAAUGGAAUAAAGCUGGGUGUGGGUGUGGGUGUGGGUGUGGAUGUGGGUGUGGGUGUGGGU